UAACAAAUAAAACAUCUAGCAAUAGGGUAACAUAUCAAAGGAAAAACAGAGAAGUACGCAUAUAAAAAUUUACUCCAAAAGUCCAGAUUGGAAUAUAUGGGAGAGAAAUAUAGUAUGGAGAGCCAAACACAUAGUAACAUUAACAACUACAACUAAAAACGAUCUUAAUUAAAAUGAAAAACGGGCGAUCUCCAGGACCUGGCAAUAUAUCUGUAGAGAUACUUAAAGCAGGAGGUCCACUCCUAAUAGAAAUAAUAACUUUUCUAAUAAAUCAAUGCUGUCAACAAAUUAAACUACCAUCUGAAUGGAAAACCGCUCACCAAGUGUCUAUCUUUAAAAAGGGUAAUCGAAAUGAUCCUAACUACUACAAAGGAUUAAGUGUCUUACCUAUUGGCGGGAGAUUGUUUGGAAAGAUAAUAAAUGGAAAAAUACAAGAUAAUGUAGGAUAUCUAAUUAGCGAAGACCAAAGUGGAUAUAUAUUCCAAACACGCCUGGAAGAUCUUGUACUAAUAACUUGUUUAUACUCCAACAAUUAAUAGAAAAAAGAAUAGCGGUUGGUACCGAAGUACAUCUAGCCUUCAUCGACCUAAAAAAGGCGUAUGAUACAGUUCCAAGACUUAAAUUGUGGUAAGCUUUACAACCACUCGGCAUUAGUCCAUACCUUUUAGGAAUAAUCACAGAAGGAUACAGGGAUAACAGUACUUACCUAAAAAUCGGAAAUAAAUUAACAGAGCCAAUAAAAGUAACUAAAGGAUUAAGAUAAAGAUGCAGUAUGUCAACCUUACUGUUUAAUUUAUAUAUUGAGGCAGCCCUCCAAAAUUGGAAAAACCACUGCCAUGGAAUGAUAUUCCCCAUAGGAAAUGA